CAACCCAGGCAGUUGCUCAACACGCAUCGGCGCUCUGCGUGUCGGUGCUGCAAGCUAGCGAACGUUCGUCUGCCUCCUUUGUUGUCUCGCGCUUGCGUUGUUGUUUACAGGACCGUGGCGAAGCGGUCGUAGCCCCAACAAACCGUCUGUAGUGUUCGACGCAGACUACGUUUUAUCGCGCAGCUUUAGCACGGAACUCAUCGAAGAGCAACGAGAAGCUGUCACACCGCGUCUCGGGGCACCACGUCGACGGCUGCAGCGGUUCGCUGUCGCGGUCUUCGGCAACGCCCACCCGGCAUAUUCGAAAAGGACGGUCUCCCUGCUUUCCGCGUCUUCGCCGUGCGAGGAGCGGAGUUUGAUCGUCGUUCCGAAGACCACUCUCAGAUUUGCAAGCAAGCUUCAACUGCUACCUUCAUUUGUAGUGGCCCAGUGGCAUUCCGAACAUGGCCGUCAACCAGCUCGGGGACUCUGUUCUCAACUUCGCCAUCGGCUUGUAUGGCCAAUUGAAGCCGAGGGACGGCCGCAAGAAAAACAUUUUUUUCUCGCCAUUCAGCAUCUCGGCUGCUCUUUCAAUGGCCCUCGGAGGAGCGCGCAACAAAACAGCGAAGGAGUUGUCCACGGUUCUUCGAGUUCCCGACGAUGCACAAAUACACAGACACUUUUCUGACUUCUUCUCGAAGCUGAAGUCCUACGCUGCCGAUGUAAAGCUGCACAUAGCCAACCGCAUGUACUGCGAACAGACGUUCCCCGUGCUGGCCAGCUACUUGUCCCUUCUGCGUGACAGCUAUGGUGCCACUAUCGAGUCCGUCGACUUCAAGGGUGACCACGAGGCAGUCCGACUUCAAGCCAACGCGUGGGUAGAGCGAGAGACAGGGUACAAGAUAAAAGAUCUGCUACCUGGAGGCAGCGUGAACGCUGGGACCACUCUGAUUCUGAUAAACGCCAUCUACUUUAAGGGCCUUUGGGCUUCGCAAUUUAAACCUGACGCCACUCGUCCCUCCGAUUUCCACCUGGACUCCAAGAGCAAGAAGAAAGUCGAGAUGAUGUUUCAUAAGGACCGUUACAGCACGGCCAGGUGCCAGGAACUUGACGUGGAAGCCCUGGAGAUAACGUACCAAGGCAAUAAAACUUCCAUGGUCAUACUCCGGCCUAACGAUGUUGAGGGACUGUCCAAGCUCGAGGAACGCUUGACAGCUUCCAAGCUUGCGAGCCUACUGGACAACCUUUGUGGAUUUGCCGACGUCGAGCUGUACCUGCCCAAGUUCAAGCUGGAACAAGUGAUUAGUCUGAAGGAAGUAUUACAUGAAAUGGGAAUCAAGGAUUUUUUCUCGUCGGAUGCCGACCUGUCCGGUAUUAGUGAGAAGAAAAAACUGGCAGCUUCCGAAGUGGUUCAUAAGGCGUUCGUGGAAGUCAAUGAAGAAGGCACCGAAGCCUCGGCCGCUACCGCUGUAAUGAUGGUAGCCUGCUGUAUGUCUUCACUGCCACCACGGACCUACAAAUUUAUAGUAGAUCGGCCUUUCAUGUUUGUCAUUCGAAGCCGUGACCCAGAUCUCGUGCUCUUCAUGGGCUCCGUCCGCGACUUGUAAACGCGAUACUCCUGUACCGCUUUGCCAAUAUAUGUUGCUGGUCACUCCUGACAAUGUUACACGA